CACUGUCCCCGGCGCUCCGCGGCUGCGCCGCCAGCGUUCCGGGCUGUCUGCGCUCCCACGGCGGGACCUGCGGCGGGCGGUGAUCCGAGCUCGUCCGUAUUCCAUUCCCGGGGAGACCCCGGGCACUGCGGGGCUGGCGGGAUUUUAGCGGAGACCGUGAUCUGUCGCGAUGAGUUUUUUGCUCCCCAAACUGACCUGUAAGAGGGAAGUGGAUCAGGCAAUAAAGAGCGUCGCUGAGAAGGUUUUAGUUCUCCGUUUUGGAAGAGAUAAUGAUUCUGUUUGUCUGCAGCUCGAUGAUAUUCUUGCAAAAACAGCUCACGACCUAAGUAAAAUGGCAGUCAUUUACCUGGUGGAUGUGAACAGUGUCCCAGUGUACACCCAGUAUUUUGACAUCAGUUAUAUUCCAUCUACUGUAUUUUUCUUCAAUGGACAACACAUGAAGGUUGAUUAUGGGUCUCCAGAUCACACCAAAUUUGUAGGAAGCUUCAAAACAAAGCAAGACUUCAUAGAUCUGAUUGAAGUGAUCUACCGCGGAGCAAUGCGGGGAAAGCUCAUUGUGAGAAGUCCUAUUGAUCCCAAUAACAUUCCUAAAUAUGACCUUCUCUACCAAGGCAUUUAAUGGAUUGACCUGAGAUAAGAAGUACACAAAGUACACAAAUGGACUUCUUCCUUUGAGCAUUUUUGACCUCCUCUGACACUACGGGACAGUUUGAGCAUUUUCCUGAAGGAUCAUAUUGGUCUCCUUCUGAAGACAGAUAUUCUGUCACCUUGCGAUUCUCUCCUGAAUAAAGCUACAUGUUCAUGCACAGAGUUCACACGAGUGACUGUUCUUUGAGUUGUGUGCUGACCAGCCCUUACAAAACAGGCAGGCUCUGUGUAUCCUCAGCUCUGGCAUCUCCAGUGCAGCCUUCUUCAGGGAACCAAGGCACUCUAUUAGUUGUCAGUUUAGUACCAUUUUCAUUCAGAUGUAAUAACAGUAAAACUGACACUAAUAAAAAAAGCUGUGCUUGCUCUUAA